CCCCUCGGCUCCGCUCGGUGCCUGGGGGCAGCUGCACUGGCCCGGCCAGGCGCAGCGGGCGAGCAUGCCUACGUCAGAGGUUGCCGCGGCAUCCUGGGCCAGCGACGUGAAGGCGUACGAGCGCAGCCGCCGCGAGGUGGACGCGAGGUUCACGGUGCAGCCCACGCAGCCGCUGAACAACGCCAUACUGGUCCACGCGGAACGCCGCUUCGACCCCCUGCUGCAGCGCUUCACGGACGAGAGCCGCGAGACGGCGCAGCGCAGGCACGAGGACUCGGCCCGCGUGAGGCACCUGAACCUCGCGGCCGAC